GUCCGUUACAUUGCCUCCACAUACCUCUGAUAGCCUAUCUCCUUUUUCAACGUACUCCGAUAACCACAUACCCGUUCAAAUGCCUCAAACUUCUGGUCUGCACGUUGCCAUCUUCCGGAACCAUGACGGCGUAUAUAAACACUGGGGCCUAUUCCUCGACGGACCAACAAAGCUUGAAAAGACUGUCUUUCAGAUUAUGGGAUCAUCUACCAGAUAUUAUUUCGAGAAGCUAAACUCCGAUGCCCGGGAGUCGGCGGAUCUUCUUGAAUUGGUGCACCUCUGUGAUGUGGCGAAUUCCCAUGCCACUGCCAUCGAAGACGCUGCCGAGAAUAUGACCAUACACAAUGAGGCACCGGGUUAUAACUGCCAGGAUUACGUUCUUGAGCUUUUAGAUGACUUGGAAGAGAGGGGUUUCAUUGAUAAGGAGGACGCCGAUUAUCGAAAAAAUAGGAUGGCAUUGGAGCGUAAGCAGGAGGGUUUGGAUUAGCGGGACUCGGUCGAUUUAGUUAGGCUUCUCUUCAGCCGUUGGACUCCUGUGGGUCUGUCGAGCAAUGUGCUUCCUUUAGUGGUUGGGGCAGAUGAUAAGGAAUAUC